AUGGCAACAGCGAUCAAAGUCAUUGAAGUACUACCUUAUGUUUCUGACGAAGAGGAAGAUGUGAAUGACAGUGUACACAUUGAACGUAAGAAAAGAGCAAAAAAGAAACAACAUGCAACCGGGUUAAAGAAGAUUGAAUCUAUGGUAGAGAAGAUGGGGCAAGAGGAUUCAAUAGAAGAUAUUGAAGCGUUACAACUAGCACAAAGUGUACGAAUGUUUACGAAAGCUUCCAAUCUUUUUAUCAAAAAAUGGAACAAGAAAGAACCAAAAUUUAUCGAAUAUUUUCAAAAUCAAUGGUUAAACUCACAUGAUGGUUGGUAUGAGGGUAUUAAACA